GUAUCGUUCGCAGUAUUCUACCGCGCACCGACCUCUACGCUCGUCAGCGAAAUACGCGGUGGUCGAGACUGCGAGUAUAAAUCGAGUGGCCGGAUACCGACGACGCUGACAUCCGAUAAUUCCGGCACCGGCCGUUCGGUCCGAUAACCACCGUCGAGCCUCUCGAUAUAGCUCGGUAUCGUAAACCCGGCCACGUCCACACCGGAAGUACGAAUCGAUCUAAAUUAUAUUACAUAAAAACAGACGAAUAGAUAGCGGAGAACACCAGAUCGGUGAUUUUUUUUUCCUACAAGGAACAUCACCUUCCGUGGCCGUUGGUCAUGUGCAGGCCGGCCGAUGCUGCUGUAAAACGCCUAGUCACGGUCUUCGCAGCCGCGGCGGUGGUUGCGGGGGUAGCGGCCGUCACGCGACACCCAGUGGUCGUGGUGGUGUCAUUCGACGGUUUCAGGCCCGAUUACAUCCGGCCCAACGUGACGCCGCACAUGGCCCGGUUCCGGGACGCGUCCGCCGCGCCGCCGUACAUGCGCAGUGCGUUCCCCACGAAGACGUUCGUCAACCACUUCACCAUGGCUACCGGAAUGUACUCCGAGAACCACGGCGUGCUCGACAAUUACAUGUUCGACAAAGACUACAAGACGAUGCACUACACUUACGAGCAGUUCCAUUACGAUGAUUCGRUGGUGCCCAUCUGGAUUCAAAACGAAAACAACGGAGAUGGACGAUAUAGUGGUGUGAUGAUGUGGCCAGGAUCCGAAUUUGCAUAUCAAAACAAAUAUCCUACCCAUAUUCAAACCAAGGAAAAAUUCAAAGUUGGAGUGCACGGGUACGACAACGAGGAACCACUGAUGCGAGCCAUCUUUAUGGCUUCCGGCCCGGCGUUCAAGAAGAAUUAUUCGGCCGUGCAGUUCAACAACGUGGACCUUUACCCGCUGAUCGGCCGGAUCGCGGGCCUAGCCGAACCGAGCCGACCGACUGACGGGACCAUCAAAGGCGUUGAACAACUGCUGUCGCCCCAGCCCGACGGCGCCGCCCCCGUGACCACGCAGCCCGUCUUAGGUAUAUUCUCAGCUUUGUUAUUACACACGAUCGCACGGAGUCUGUGAACCCAAAAACCACUCAAAUACCCCGUCACCACUCGUCUGUGGUUUGACCCAAAAUUCGAUGUCACACAACAACAACAUGUUACUUUUGUCGUCGUCCCUGAUUUUCGGGCGGGGAUGAUGAGGUGGUUGUCGACCCUUUCUCAAGCCCUAUAAACUAUAUAUUAAUUAUAUCAAGGUACAAUUAUUUUGUUUCAGUAGUUUGAUUAGUUCUUCUUCUCGAUAAUUAUAUUGCGUUAAGUAGUUAAUUGUUAUUUAUAACCAAAUAACUAUAUACUUUGAUUCGAUUAAUUGUCCGAACGUGUAUGCACGGUUUACAUAAUAUUAUAACGAAUUACAAAAAUAAAAACUAGCCAAAUCGUAGCCGAUAUAUUAUGAUUUAUGAGUCUUAUCACAGUUGUAUUUUUUUCAAACAAUUUUGACUACUCUAAUAAUAUCGCAAUACCUUAAGGGUAAAAAUAUACUUUUUUCUAUUAUAUUAUAUACCUACCUAUAGUUAUUAAAUUCGUACGUGUCGUAUCGAUUCGCCUUAUUUAAAAUUCAUGUAUAUCGCUUAUUCGCUUAGUCGUACUUAUAUUAUGGUGAAGUAGGUACAAUAAUAUGUAAGUAUGCUGUUGUGCAUUUUUUUUGCCAGCAGUAAACUUAUUUUUACGGUGUAUUGUUAUGAAAUAUUUGUCAUUAAGAUUUGGGGAACGAAAGUUCUAAAUCAUAUUUUUAUUUUUAUUUAUUAAAUUAUUGUACCAAAUUAAACAAUGUAAAUAAGUGAGUCAACUACGGAGUGUGUUUAAUGUAAAAUCAAAAAUAGAACUUAUAUAUAUUUUUAAUAGAAUUAAAAUACAAAAAAAAUAAUAAUAAUAAUAAACUUGUCUGCAUUAUAUUCGCCAUCUUUCAUAUAUACUUUUA